CCAGUGGGGGUCUCACCCAGUGUUAAAACGAACUGCAGAAAUAUCAUUUCUGUAAUAAGGCGGUGUUUUCCUACUUUAUGUGGAAUGGAGGUAGUAGAGAUUUAACACGUGAAUUAGCUGCUGAGGAUUAGAUCAUUGAACACAAUACAUUAUAUCAUACGUUAGAUCGAUUUAAACUUGACUGAUGUUACUUUAAUUCGUUGAGUGAAAAACUGGAUAAAAAAACUGGAUAAAUAACUGGAUGUCGGUCAGGAUCUAUAGAGGGAGAGCGCCGUCAAAACUACUAAGGAUGACAAUCGCCAUCCAAAGACUGACGAGGAACAAAAGGACGAAUAUCUACCGAUUAUAUAUGUAAGUGAAAAACAUGAUUCUGAGGACGAACAUCUACCAAUUAUAUAUGUAGAUGGGAUCAUAAACAUCCACAAACAAUAGCCACGUGUUUAAAUGUGUGAAAAGGCCCGAUUUUCCGCCGAGGGAAACAGAGGACCCUGAAACAACCUAAGGACAUUACCUUCAGUGAUUGACAUUGAAUCUAGAAAUCUCCAGAUUUGUUCGUGUUUGCUUACACUGUAAGAAGAGAUCAAAUUUAAUCUUAUCAAGAAUUUUUAUACACUCAGAUUUAUAAGUCACCAACGUAUGUUAUAGACAUUGUGUAAUUCACUGUAAGGCUACACAGACAUUCACUGUAUUGUUAGUUUAACUGGUAAACAAUGAUAUGAUUUUAAUAUUUUGAAUAAAUUCUCAAAUUUAAACCUUUUUAUAUAAAGGACAAACGGGACCUCACGAUCAAAACACAGUCCUUUUCAAAAGUUACAAUAUAAAUAUAGUUUGAACGGACGAUUAAUUUCUUGAUAUGUAUAUUCUCAGGUUUAGGUGAACAAAACUAUCAUCAAUCUGUUUUAUAAUAUUUACUAAUAUCUAAUAUCUUGUGUAUAGAGAAGGUAUGAUCGAACACUUACACCAAUAUAUUAUAUUACCUCCCAGUAGUAUUUCGUAGUCCAGUAGAUUUAUGAUUGGAAAUCCUGUGGCCAAAUGCCAGCUAUACAAAUUGUAAAUAAAUCGUGGUGUUUAGAAAAAUGGAUAAAGCUUUAAUCAAUUAUAAGAAAGCUGCUCAUUGUAAACUGUCGAAUCCUCGAGCUGACGGACCCGCACAUGCGCAGUCUGUUGAUUUUGCUCUCAGUAGAGUUAAAGGACAUCGGGCAGUACGUACAUGUGUCAGGGGGACUCUGGAUAGUUUAGUUAAAUGUCCGAUCUGUAACACUCACAUAGUCGUGCCUGAGUCUGCCACCAACAUGGAUCUAGACAGGGCUAAUAUGAACUACAAAUCUACAAAGAGCAGCAAUGCAUACGUCCCCAAGCUACUCCUGUCGGCGGAAAAUGGUCUCCGACAUUUGUGUGACACGUGCAGUAACGACGAACAGGAAGUCACAUGUAUUGAAUGUGAUCAGAACCUCUGCUUUGAUUGCACGAGAGUUCAUUUAAAAACAAGUGCAACGAGGCGUCACCAUAUAACAGGGCUCGCUGAUUCUGCAGGUUCUCCAAGGCGUGAAAAUGGAGAAACAACAUCUUUCACGAAGGAUUUGCUCACUUCGUUGAAUGGUUUGACGUCUUCAACGUCGGCUCUUAAUUCGGUGCUCGCGUCCGAGAGACCAAAGACAGUACAUCCGGUGACUUCACAAUUGCGUUACAGCGAUCUGUAUCAAAGAGGAAACUCGCCAAGACCAACUGAGAAAAGAAAGCGGUUUGAAUUUAAACAGCUUAACCCAAAAGGAUGGGGGACUGACUUUACUCUCGUCACAACGUUUGACGUUGGAAGUUACGUUCUGAGCAUGUGUGCAGCGUCACGUGAUCAGGUUUGGAUAUCAGAAGCUAUGUCAUCUGCGAUACAUCUAUACAAUAUCGAGGGACAGAGACUUAGAAGUGUCAAUGUCCACAGUGAGGUGAGGGACAUGGCGCUCAAUAAAGCUUCUGACGAAAUUUUCGUCACCUGCUUCGCUAACAAAACUAUCAAGGUCAUCAGUCCGGAAAACAAAAUUUUCACCUUUCUAACUCUUCCCCUACAUCCGGCGGGAAUUGCCAUUAACAGUUACGGGGAUGUCGUAAUAUGCGGUGUUGAGGACUUCCGGAGGCGCUAUAGACCGGAACAGAGGAAUCGUCUGUUAAUUUACUCGAGGGAAGGGAAACGGAAGAGGGAGAUUGAACACGAUCAAAUGGGCGAACGAUUGUUCAAAUAUCCUGAGUAUAUCGACAUCAACAUAAACGGAGACAUGUGCGUGUCGGAUAUAGAGCGCGAGAGUCUCAUGAUCUUACGAGAAGACGGGAGACUGAAGAACGUAUAUAAGGGACCUCCGAAAGGAACAUUGGACAAAACCUUUGACCCUCGUGACGUCAAAUGUGAUAAAGAGGGGAAUAUUGUGGUUUGUGAUAUAAACAAUAAUGCUCUUCAUCUGCUGGACAUCAGUGGCGAUUUCACACGGAUUCUUCUUUAUGAAGAGGAUGGGAUAUAUUGGCCGGAUAUUCUGGCGAUUGACCACCGAAACCAUAUAUGGGUAAGGGAACUAUGGCAACAGUCAAUCAAGGUCUUCCAGGCUCUUGGUACGUACUAAACAAUAUAGGUAAAAUGUUAAAUCUCACAAAAACCAGCAGCAACAUAUAUAAGACAGAAUAGUUGCGGAACUCUUGUUUAAAGUCGACACAGCUGUCAUUUAUACACUCGACUACAUCUUAAAAGGAUCACUGAAAAAAAUCAUCCACGUGUUCAAACUCUGAGUUAUAAAUGUACAUGUUAUUAACUUGUUAAUAUUAAGUAUAUUUAUGUCGAUAAAAAGACGAUGUAGGCAAGCUAGUGGUGUAGACUGGCUACCAAUCUCGAAGUGUGUCAAGAAUUAUAGCUGGCAGUUUUAUAUUAAAUUACUCCCCCCUAUAGUUUGAAAAUUGAAGAUUGUAGAAUCAAAAAGACAUCCAACAUUGUAGGUCUCUUAUCAUAAUCAGUGUUCUAGAGACAGGGACCGGGGCUGUAUUUUCUAGGCUCCAAAUAUACUUUAUAUACUAUUGUAAUCUUAUUAAUCUAAUUUAAAUCUAGAUGGUCAUUCUCACUACGUUACAUGAACAUUUAACAACAUCCCAUAUGGGGUCACGUUCUGAUGACCUUUGAGAUAUGUGUAUGUCACUAUCAGGGCGAAUUGUCUAUUUGUCGAUGAAAUUGAAGCAAACCAUUUCGGCACAGUAUUAUUUAGCUAUAUGCUUUGUGGAACGAAAUGACUCGAAACAAAUUGCCAGAUUAUGCAAGAUAUGCUCUCUAGUCAUGCUUAUUCCCAGAUACAAAAUUCACUUCCCCGAUUCUGGAAGUAGUCAUUUGACUAAUCCAAAAGGUCACCCUGACGUGACCCAUAAUGGGAUGUUGUGAGAUCUUCAUGUAACGUAGUGAGAAUGACAUCUAGAUUUUAAUUAGAUUGUAAUCUUAUCUUCAUUGUCAACCGCACAUUUUUGUAUAUCUUGGGCUUCUUCUGAGAAAUACGUCACCAAAUUGUAAACGCUGAUUAAGCAAUAUCAAAACAUUUGUCAUACACAAGGUGUUUUUUCAUGGAUGCACGUAAUUUCUUUUGAGUUUCUGUUCACUAAUCACGGACUUUUUUUCCUUUCCGUUUACGAAAUAUUUAUUCAAAUAUUAAGCAUAGGUCACCCUACAUUUGUAGGAAGGGUGUCUUUAUUUUUAUCCUCUGACCAGAGUUAUAAGCAACAACUGCACAGGUUACAGUGCCGUUAUUGGUCUAUAGAUAAUGGGGGACACCAAUGCUGAGUUAUAUAUCCCUGUCUGACUUGUAACCUAUACAAUACUUACCAACCCGAGGUUUAUAAUGGUAUUACUCGCUGCUAAGUUGUCACUAUAUUACAUAUCAGUUACAGACGCGCUUAGCAAAAUUACGUAAUCUAACGAAGACAGAAAAGUCUCAAGGAACAUGAGGGUUAUCGAUAUUAACUUGAUUAUGUCUACUACAUGUCGUUAUAGGGUUAUGAAUGCAAUUCGAUCAGUGUCCAUUUGGUUCUUCUCCUUCGUCUCCAUAUAGAGUGAACACUGCUACUCCCAAUUGUAUACAUAAUGUAUUGACAAUAUAGGCAUAUAUGUAUUAUAAUGACGACACAAAUUCAAUAUGGCAGUUAUUCAAUAUAUCUGGCAUUUAACAUAUGCACUUAAUGAUUGUACUGUAAUUGGAAUCGUGAUAUCGCUAUACAUUAACAACGCUCUUAUGAUAGUUUUCAGCCCCAGAACUUUCACUGGCCUCGGCUACAAUGCGUUGGUCGAGGUAGAUUGUUACCUCACUAUCCAUUAGCACUGUCCACGGAUGCCCAGUUACUCGAGAUUACUCUCUGUAAAAUGUCAAAUAAGAACAAUAUAUUUGUUUCGUUUAACUUGUUUAACCUAUUAACUUUAAUGUAAUAUUUAUAUUGAUUUUUUUGUGAACAAGAAAUGCCUUCUGUAUGACCGAAGCAGUUUUUAAAUUAAAUGUACAGUAUUAUAACUAUUUAUGACAUGAGCAUGUACAUUUGUAUCUAUAUAUUGAACACAGGAAUCUGACACAGUUCUUCAAUUCAUAGUCAAUACAUGUAAGAACAAAUGCAUACACAUGUACAGCCCAUGGGUUGAGAAAUUGUUCCAGUCCCUGUGAUAUUGAUGGACGCGUUGCCUGUUGCCUCCUUUAGAUUUUUGCUGUAGAAUAUACUUUUCUGUGAUAAUGUCUGAUGUGAUAUAUGAAAAAAAGACUUUCUUGACGUAUAUUUAACAGAUGUGCUUGUUAAAAAUGUUACUGAUGAAUUUAUUUGAUAAUUUAUUAUGUUGUUGUUUUUGUCAUUUAUGUACACGUGAGUUGAUUAAAAUGUUGGUAUAAAG